AAACUGAAACUGAUUGAUGAUUGAAAGUACAUUAGAGCGCAUUCUGAUGGUUAUACGCUACUGCUAAGUAGACAACUUACAGAUUUCUUAUUAAUUGACCUUAUUUUUGAUGCAUCAUAAUAUUCCAACGUCUACAUAUGGUUCCACUCCAAUGACUUCUCUUCCUAACACAACAAACACUCAUACUAUUAGUUCAUGUAUGACUAAAGCUAUUCAGUCUUCAAGUCAGGAAAAUAUUAGCGCUAUAGGUAUUUCAGACGAUGAUGAUGCUGGCUUGUUAGAUGGGGAAUUAUGGGCCCCACUAGCUGUUCGUGGUUACCUUAGCAAAUGGACAAAUUUGUUACAUGGGUGGCAGGAACGUUAUUUUGUCUUAUCUGAUGGCUUUCUAACCUAUUAUCGUAAUUCAGAUGAUUUGAAUUUAGGCUCUAGGGGUUCUGUACGUAUAAAAAAUGCAUAUAUUAAAAUUCAUGAAUAUGAUGAAUGUCGUUUUGAGGUACGCGUCGGUGAUGUUAUUUGGUAUCUACGUGGAUUAAGUCAAGAAGAACGUUAUACUUGGAUGUCUGCUAUUGAACGACAUCGUAUUGCUGAAUCAGGUUAUGGAUCAGAGAAAACUAUUCAUCAUCAUAGUUCUUUGUUAUCACUUAAUUCAACUUAUAGUCCAAGUAUUCAUUCAGCGUCUAGUUUUAAACGAAAUCAUGGAAUUAAAGAGAAAUUGGCUGAAAUGGAAACUUUUAAAGAAAUAUUAUGCAAACAAGUUGAUUCAUUACAAGCAUAUUUUGAUGCUUGUAGCGCUAUUGUACAACAUGGUGGACAUGAUAAUUUAGAAAGAUGGCUUACUAAUACUAGUGAAACACAUUCAACAAGAUCAUCAUCAUCAUCAUCUUGUUCUUGUCCAUCUUAUUAUUCAAAAGAUGAAACAAUUGAUUAUACUAUUACUCCUGAUGAUGAUGAAGGCUUACAAAGUGAUAAAAAACAAUGUAAACAAAAGAUUCGUAAAUCUGUCAAUGUUAACAACAAUGAUUACAAUAAAUCAACGAAUGUUGAUAAAAUGACAAAUGAUCAGUGGUCAACUUUAGGUGAUUCUUCAUCGGAGACAUUAUUCACUCACCCAUCAACUAAUAUCAAUACAAAAUCCACUGUUAAGCAGUCAGAUUCUUUAAAAUAUUCAUCUAAAACAACCGAUCAACGGUCAAUAAUUACUGAUAAAGAAUCAAAUAAUGGACCACGAACUGGUGGAGGAUUUUUUUCACGUUUUCUUUCGUUUCGUAAUUUUGGCAAUACACAAACUAUUCAAACAGUUGUGGAAACAGAUAAUAUUGAUAUUAAAGAUACAGCAACAAGUGAUAAUAUAACCCAACAUACUGAUAUGAAAGAAGUAUCUCAAUAUCAACCAUCUUCACGUUUCAAUGAUUUACGUCGUAUACUUCAACAACAUGGUGGUCAUGCUAUGGAUUUCAAAGGUGAAGCUCACAUGUUUAAGGCAAUCACAGCUGGAAUUCUAACAAAUUUAUCACAUUCUAUUGAGAUGAUGCAACAACAUGAAGAAAGUUGGCGUAAACGUUUAGAACGUGAAAUAGAACGACGUCGUCGGUUAGAAGAAACCCAAAAAGCAAUGACACAAGAAUUAUUACAAUUACGUAAUUUAGUUGGUCUAUCAACAGCCAUAACAACAACGACUACCACUAUUCACAGUCAACAAACACAUCAUUAUUUGCCAUCACAUGCAAGAUUUUUCAGUUAUGGAAAUAGUUUUGAUUUUAAACAUUUCUCUCCAGAUAGCUUUAAAGAAUCCAUGUCGAAAUGUAAUAAUAUUAUUAGUAAUAACGUUGUUAAUAGUGGUGAUAUUGUCAACACUCUUAGUGGUGUAAAUGAUAAUAUUCUUAGAUUAGUUGGUCCAGACUAUGAAGAAGGCUUAAAUUCACCUAUGCAUGAAGAAGAGUUUUUCGAUGCUAUAGACGCAGAAUUAGAUAAAAUGGAACAGAAUGAAGUACGUCUAGCUGCGUUAAAGUCGGCUAGUGAAGCAAUACGUUGGGCUAGAGCAAUGCCAUCUAAUCAUCCAUUAUAUAAUGAAUUAGAUAAAGUUGUGAAAAUGCAUAUGAAAAAUUUUGCCAGUACACAAAUAUUUGAUUAUUCAUCGAAACUUUGUUCUAAUUUUUCUAAUUCACUAACAUCAUCAUCGACUGUCACAUUAUCCUCCACUGCUUGUAAUGAUAUUUAUUCACGAGAAAAUAUUGGUAAUAGCAGAAUCGAUAAUAGUAGUCAUGAAAUUCCUGAAAGUUGGAGAAUUGUUGUUCAAGAAGGUGAUAUGAUUAUUUUUCGACGAGAACUUGUAUCAGAUGAUGGUGUUGUAUUGGAUCCUUUACAGGCUAUUCACGUUGUUCAUGGUGUCACUGCCCGUGAGAUGUGUACUUACUUUUGGGAUGUACGUUAUCGUAUGGAAUGGGAGUUCACAGUGGAUCACCCACCAGCUGUACUUGAAGUAUGCGGAGACGACACUGUGGUUACACAUCAGGUGUAUAAACGUGUUUGGCCGACAACUCAACGAGAUUCUUUAUUCUGGUCUCAUAUAUGUCCUGUAAAUCCUGUUCAAAUAAAUGCUAGUCCUAAAUUAACUCAUAGAUCAAGUAUGUCUUCAGGUUCUUAUAAUAUUCGGAAUGAUAUUCAUCAAAAUAAAGUUCAUCAACGUUCAGCAUCUAUGGGAACAGGAUCAACAUCCAAUGUAUCCAGUGUAUCAUAUUCACAGUCGACUAAUACAACAAAUGAUGAUAAUGUUACACAAUCACAUGGUUAUUCAUGCAAACAAUCAAACAAUUCAAAACAUUCAUCGAAAAAUAAUAAUUCUAAUAUUUUAGAUGGAUGGAUGGUUGUUAAUAUGUCAACUAAUUAUCUUUCUGAAAAAAUUCCACCAUCUUCUUCACCUACUAUUCGUUUAGGUUUAGAAGUUGUUUUAUUCUGUCGAACAGAACUUUUAUCAAAUACUUCUUCUUCUUCUUCAGAAAUGUCACUUUCAUCAAAUGAUUUAAGUAAAUUAUCUCGUAAUCAAUUAUGUACACGUCUUGUUUAUAUGGCUAAUAUUAAUCCAGGUGGUUGGGUACCAGCUGCUGGUUUACGUUCAUUAGCACAACGUGAAUAUCCAAGAUUUUUAAAACGUUUUAGUACUUAUGUAAAAGAACAAACACAAAAUAAAUCACCAUUAUUUUAAUUGAAUAUAUUAAAUGGUUUGAGUUAUUUCUUUUCAGGUUAGCGUGUUUUUUGUUUUACCGAGUUAGUUUUCUACAGGAUGAUGUUACUAACCCCAUACCUAACCUUUCUCCUUUAUCCGAUCUUGGAACCAACAGUAGCCCAAGAGGGGUUCCAUGAGGAGUUUCAAUUUAAUAUAUGUUUUCUUUUAUAAUUUGAAUGUGUCAUUUGGUUAAAUGUGAUUACUAUUAGAUGGAUAGAUAGAUAGAUAGAGAGAUAUUGUGAAGAAUACUUGAUGUAGCAUUUCCUUUUUCUAAUUGAUUUGUCUCAGGGAGUAUUUUGUUGUUGUUGUUGUUGUUGCUUAUUCACUCUUCCUUCUCUCUCUAUCCUAUAUGUAUGGUAAUUAUCAUUAUUACUAGCUUUCUUUCGCUCUAAUAUAUGGCUGUGUUACUAUUCUUGUUGCAUCUUGUUUUCUAUACUUUGAUAAAAAAAUACAUGAACUGUGAUUGAUAUUUAUAUAUACGUUUGUAAUCUAUUUGUGUACAUUUAUUUUUUUCUGUAUCAUUAUUAUUAUGUUACAGUAGAAGAUACUACUUAUUAAAGCAAUUUCAUAUUGUUAGUGUAAGGAAGCAUCAAAUAUAUAUCUACACAUGACAUACAAAUCAUUAAAUUUGUAUAAAAGUCUAAGAUACCAUCUGGGAGCCCAUAAACGAAGAAAGAUAUUGUUUAUUUGUUGCUUCCAUUUUCUGAAAGAUCUUCACUUUCAACAUAUAUUGUAUAUUCUGAUCUAAAUUGGAAAUAUAUUUAUCCUUUUAAAUGAUUAUAUUUAUUCUAGAUAUCAACCAAUUUAUGUUCAAUUUAUUCUUUGUGGAUUCUUGUAUGUAUGUAUGUAUGUGAUAAAUGGUUUUGUUUAUUUAUGAGAAUAUUGUACGUGUAUUUUUAUUUAUUUAUCUUUAUUUUAACCGAAUUGUAGUAAAACAAAAAAAGGGGAUGGGGUGGGGCGGAUAGAUAUGAAUUUCACUACAAAAAAAAAAUAAACAAGUAAGGAUUGAAACUGUUGUUGUUGUUGUUGUUGUUUAUUGUUCACGCAUAAUGUAAAUGAUAUUUCUCUCGAAUUUUGUUUACAAUUUGAUGUUAAUUCUUACGUUUGUUUUGCUUGUAUGUAUGUUUGUUUGUUUGAAUGAUUGAAUGAAUGAAACAAGCUGUUUGUUGUAUUUCAACUAUUCAAAAAAUUACCUUUUCUUUUUGUUUUUUUUCUUUCUUUUUUUUGGUAUUGAAAAACUAUUUUCUCUAUGACUAUCCCAAAGGCUCAAUGAAUAUGUUAUCAUUAAUAAUAUUAAAUACUUUUAAUUAGUUCAUAUUCAUUUACUGGGUAAUUGUUCCAUAUUAGAAUGUGGUGUUACAUCAUAAACAUUUAGAAUUAUCUAUCAUUAUAAGCAUAUCAUUAUAGUACAAUUGAAUAUAAUAUGAAAGUUUGCAGUUAUAAUAAAAUUCUUUUAAUAAAUUACUUUAUUAUUCAACAUAUCACUUAUAUAAUAAAUAAACUUGAAUUAAUUUUGAUUUGGUUAUUUAUUUCUUCUCUGAAGAAACAUCUUACACUAAAUGACGAAACAUCAGAAAAUCUAAUUUUUCUACUCAUUGAGUUAUGACGAAUAUAUUACUGAUAUUUAAUAAAUUUUAGAAAAAAAACAACAAACAAUAGGGAUUGAAAAUAGUUAAUAUGAUUAUAUACUUAUGGAUAACCAUCAUUGUCAUCCCUUUAUAUAUUUCGUUGUUCUUUAUUUGUUUUCUUUUUCAAUUUGUUUCUCAAUGAUUUAAUAGUUUACAUGUUUAUAUUGUUCUAUGUAUAUUUAAUAUUGUAUAUAUUUAAUUUUUUUUAUUAUUGAUUUUCGUUAAUUGGUUUCUAUGUCAUUUAUAAAGGAGAAUCAUAAAUCAAUGACAAUCAAUAUGGGGAUAAUUUUUUGUUUCUUUUUUUAUUUACAAAAAAGAAUUUAUUAAUUAUGUAAUAUGCUUUUGUAUUGUUCAUCUUAUUUUGUAUUAAAUAAUUCAAACUUAUCAUUUCAAUGAUGAUUUUUUAAAAAAAUAUCUUUCAUUUCCUUUAUAUGUUCUACUUUACGGGUGCGAAACUUAGCCAUUAAGGGUAGAAGAUACUCGUAAGUUACUAGUAUUUGACCAUAGAUGCCUUAGAACUUUUGCUUGUGUCUUCUGGGAUCACCGAAUAUGUGAUAGUGAGG